AUGACAGACGCAUCAGAAAACUUUGACGUGAUCCUAACCAAGUACAAGACGGCAGGCGAAGUUUCUGCCAAGGCCAUGCGCACAGUCAUCGAUGCUGCUACGGAGGGCAAGACUGUGCUGGAGUUGAUGCAGAUCGGUGAUGAGGCAGUGGAACAGGGCACAGCGUCCGUUUUCAAAGACAAGAAGAUGUCGAAGGGACUUGCCUUCCCCACGACCGUCUCGAUCAACCAAGUGGUAUGCAACUAUGCGCCGCUGCCUAGUGACGAGGCAUCGAAGAAUGCGCUCAAGAGCGGUGACGUUGUCAAAUUCCAGCUCGGUGCACAGAUUGACGGCUACGCCACUGUGAUGGGCGAGACGAUCGUCGUUGGCGCAAGCGCGCAGAAUCCAGUGAAGGGCCGCGCCGCCGAUGCGAUCAAGGCUGCACACACGGCAGCGGAUGUGGCCAUUCGCCUGAUGCGCCCUGGCAUGCUGAACCAUGACAUUGCGAAGCAGAUUGAGCAGUCGAUCAAGGACUUUGACGUGCGUGGUGUCGACGGCAUGCAGACGAACCAGUUCAGCCAGAAUGAGAUCUCAGGCAAGAAGAAGAUCGCGUUUGGUGGUGAUGGCUCGUAUCGUCCGGAUGCAUGCAAGCUUGAGGAGAACGAGGUGUAUGGUGUGGACAUUGUUGUAUCGACGUCGCCUGAGGGCAAGAGCAAGACGGACGACAACUUCACAUCGAUUUUCCGCAAGACCAAUGCCACAUACCUGCUCAAGAUGGCCACGUCUCGCAAGGUGUUUUCGGAAAUCCAAAAGAAGGCGGGUGCCUUCCCCUUCAACCUGCGUGCACUGGAGGAUGAGAAGCGCGCUCGUAUGGGUGUGCAGGAGUGUGCGAACCACGGACUGUUGACACCCUUCCAGGUGCUUGUGGACUCAAGCUCAUCGGCGAUUACGGCACAAGUAUUCUUCACCGUGGCUGUGAAUGCAAAGGGUGCGAUCCGUUUGACGCCUGCUCCCUCCUGGUAUAACGCCGAGAAGGUGCAAAGUGAGAAACAGGUGACGAACGACGAGAUCAAGUCGCUGCUGGCGACAAGUGUGCGUCAGACAAAGAAGAAGUCGAAGAAGACGACGACGGAUGGCGCCAACCAGAACGAGAACUAA